AUGCUCGACACCAGCGAUGAGCUCCACGAAGUGCCUGUCCAUGGCACCUAUUUUAACAAGGCCUGGACACCAGGAAAUGGGGUGUCGAAGGUGACAAAUGGGGAUAUGAGGAUUGUCCGACAAUAUGUGCGUGCCAGCCGCCUCUUUAUCCCCCGAGACGGAGCAAAGCAUAUGCCAGACCAUCUGCCAGUCGAGAUCCCCGGAGAAAACCUGCAGUCUAUGUGGGACAAGGCCAAGGUCAACGAGGUCUCAUUCACGGACAACACGGAAAGAUUCGACUCGAGAACUGAGCCUCCCAACUUCGUGGCGGGGAUCAACACAAUAUUCCAGGAAGGUUGCACUGUGUUCGGAAAAAUUUCCCGGCUUCAACGAUUUGUGAAGGAUAAGGUCGCAGUUUUCGAGGAGCAACCAGCGCCAAUGGCAAGACUCGUGCACCAGAACAACCGAGUCCUGCAAUAUCUUCCCGUUGAACCUCUUCAAAACCUCAAGGUCAGCGAUGACGCCGGGCACCAACCGUCACAUCGUACCUUUUCCCACAGAAACGGCAUAGAUACGCAUUGGAUGUAUCAUGCGACACCAUUAGGGAUCGUUGAGCCCCCUAAGGAGCUCAUCGACAGACUCAUUAUCUUCUUGUAA